ACCAAUUCUUUCACAACCAUUCUCUCUCUUCUUUCUCUCUCUUACAUUUCUUCUCAGAGAAUGGCGUUUUCCUGCCGUUCGACUUCGUCGGUCGUGGAAACUGCUGGCUAAGCUUCUCAGGCUCGCCAAUGGUGUGAAUUGGAAAUAGCUGCUUUGUUUGCUUUUCUUUUUUUGUUUUUUUGUUUUUUUGUUUUUGCCUCUGUUUUUGGGUCGGCCAUGGCUGCGAUUCUGAGAAAGCUUCAUCCUUCUUUGGCGACUCCGAAAGCCGUCGUCGAAGAAAACGAUGAUGUUCUCAACUUGGAAUACUCGAUGGCGUUGGAGUACACCGGGCCUCCGGUCACGUACAACAUCCCUCACGUCUCCCCCGUUGACUUUGACCAAAUCCCCACAGCUGCCGUCGCCGUAGCUGCCCUCUCUUCCUCCCUCCUCCGUGAUCUCGCCGUCCCGGUCGUCGUGCCUAUCGUCAAAUCUAGGAAACCGGAGCUCCAACCGAGCCCGUCGGAGAUAGUAGAAUUACCCCGCGACGGCGAUUACAUGAACCCUAGAAAUUGGGAAUCGGCGGAGGAAUCGAGCCUCUCCUCCGAUGUCUUCUCUCACAAAGAAGAGGGAGAAAACGAAGAAGACGGUCAAACAGGCGAAACUCCUCGCCACGCGCGCAAGCGAUCCGUGGAGGAAGACGAGUGGAGCGACUCGGUGGAGGCGGAGGCGGAGGCGGAGGCGGAAGCGGUGGAGGAGAGACCGCCGAGGGCCGUGAGAACAGGCAAGAAGGGGUCAUGUUACCGGUGCCACAACGGGAACCGAUUCACGGAGAAGGAGAUUUGCAUCGUUUGCGGUGCCAAGUACUGCUUCGGCUGUGUCCUUAGAGCCAUGGGGUCGAUGCCUGAGGGAAGGAAAUGCGUUAGUUGUAUUGGGUACAGGAUUGAUGAGGGGAGAAGAGGGAAACUGGGAAAAUGCUCUAGAUUGCUGAAGAGAUUGUUGACGGAGUUGGAAGUUGAGCAGAUUAUGAAAGCCGAGGUUGUUUGCAAAGUCAAUCAGUUGCCUGCGAACUUGGUCUUUGUUAACGGGGAGCCUCUGAGUCAAGAGGAGCUUGCGCGUUUGAAGAGCUGUAAAAACCCACCAAGGAAGCUGAAACCUGGAUCGUAUUGGUAUGAUAAUGUGUCUGGGUUUUGGGGAAAGGAAGGACGUGUGUAUUCCCAAAUUAUUAGUCCCCAGCUGAACGUUGGUGGCAAUUUAAAACGGAAUGCUAGCAACGGCAACACAAAUAUUCAGAUAAACAAUAGGGAGAUAACUGAAGUAGAGCUUUGGAUACUUAAGUUGGCAGGUGUGCCGUGUGAAGGAGAUCUCCACUAUUGGGUAAAUCCAGAUGGGUCCUAUCAGGAAGAGGGAAUGAACAAAGUGAAAGGGAAAAUAUGGGAUAAGGCAACUGUCAAGCUAGCUUGUGCUCUCUUGAAUUUGCCUAUUCCUUCUGAUGCUUCCAAUUUGACAACGGAAGAAGGGGAUAGAGUUCGUUCAGCUCAGUUUGAGGAGAGAAAGCUAAACAAGUUUCUCCUAGUUGGUUCUGAUCAAUCUGGCACAAGUACUAUAUUCAAACAGGCGAAGAUUCUAUACAAUGUUCCUUUCUCUGAAGAAGAGCGUCAAAACAUUAAAUUGAUGAUCCAAAGCAAGCUGUAUGGCUAUCUUGGUAUACUGCUAGAGGGACGAGAACAAUUCGAAGAAGAAAGUUUGAUACAGAAGCAAAAGAGACGGCUAUCUGACCAACCCCGUCCUUCAGGGAGUGCAGAGCAGAUAGAUGAAACAACAAUCUAUUCUAUUGGCCCACGUCUGAAAGCUUUCUCAGAUUGGCUCCUUAAAAUUAUGGCAUCAGGAAAUUUGGAAGCCAUAUUUCCAACUGCCACUCGUGAAUAUGCACAAUUCGUCGAGGACCUCUGGAACGACGCUGCCAUCCAAGCAACCUAUAACCGGAGGAACGAAUUGGAAAUGCUUCCCCGAGCUGCUACAUAUUUCCUCAAUCGGGCCAUUGAGAUUUCAAGGACAGAUUAUGAGCCCUCUGACACGGAUAUCUUGUAUGCCGAGGGAAUCACCUCAUCCAACAGUGUUGCGUCCGUGGAGUUUUCGUGUCCCAAAUUGGAGCAAGAUAGUAUUGUCGACUCUCCGAUUCGACGCGAUCCAAAGAUGAGCAGGUGCCAACUCAUAAGAGUGCAUUCCAGCAGCCUUGGAGAAAACUGCAAGUGGUUGCAGAUGUUUGAAGACGUCGAUAUGGUCCUGUUCUGUGUGGCACUGUCUGACUACGACGAGUUCUACUAUGAUGGGAAUGGAGUUCUCGUUAACAAGAUGAUGGCAAGCAAGCAGCUCUUCGAGAGCAUCAUAACUCAUCCCUCCUUUGAGAAGAAACACUUCCUUUUGAUACUCAACAAGUUCGAUCUUCUUGAAGAAAAGAUCGACAGAGUGCCUCUCUCUCGUUGCGAAUGGUUUCCCAACUUCUGUCCUGUUAUAGGCCACCAUCCCACCGGCAGCAACAACAACAACAUUAACAAUCCUACGUUAGCUAAUCGCGCAUUUCACUACAUUGCUGUGAUGUUUAAGAGAUUGUUCCAUUCUUUGACGGAUAGAAAACUAUUUGUUUCGCUGAUUAAUGGGUUGGAGUCUGAUACAGUUGAUGAAGCUCUCAGAUAUGCUGGGGAGAUUCUCAAAUGGAUUGAAGAGAAACCCAAGUUUAUUCCUGAUCAGCAAAUUUAUUCUACUAGUAUUGAGGCCAGCUCUUCCUCAUAAGGCCUUUUUUUUUUUUUUUCUGUCUUUUCCAUUAAUUAGUUUUGUUCGCUCUUUUAUUUUGUUCAUUGCCACGGAAUACGCAUUUCUUUUUGUAUAUACAUGGACAGGCACAUGCCAAUAGAAGAAGAAAAAUAUUAUAUGCUCUCUCUUAUUGAUA